ACCAUCCUUAAAGGUCUUGCCUUCCUUUUGCUGAUGCGUUGGUAUACUUUCCUUUAAAGGUCCAUUCUUUCAACAUCUUUGUUCAUCUUUGUUCUUCAGAAAUCUCUCCCUUCUCUACCAUGUCGCUGCUUGUGGAUCUCCAAAACAUUAAUCUUUCUGAUCAUACAGAGAAAAUCAUAGCAGAGUACAUAUGGAUUGGUGGAUCUGGUUUGGACUUGAGGAGCAAAGCAAGGACUCUUCCAGGACCUGUUAGUGAUCCUAGCAAGCUCCCAAAAUGGAACUAUGAUGGCUCGAGUACAGGUCAAGCUCCUGGAGAGGAUAGUGAAGUGAUUUUGUAUCCUCAGGCUAUCUUUAGGGAUCCUUUUAGGAGGGGGAACAAUAUUCUUGUAAUGUGUGACUGUUACACACCAGCAGGAGAGCCUAUUCCAACAAACAAAAGGCACAGUGCUGCAAAAAUUUUUGAACAUCCUGAUGUAAAGGCUGAAGAACCAUGGUAUGGAAUUGAGCAAGAAUACACCCUCCUUCAAAAAGAUGUCAAUUGGCCCCUCGGAUGGCCGGUGGGUGGUUUCCCUGGUCCUCAGGGCCCCUACUAUUGCUCAGCUGGUGCUGACAAGUCGUUUGGACGUGACAUUGUUAAUGCUCAUUACAAGGCUUGUCUUUAUGCUGGAAUCAAUAUAAGUGGCAUCAAUGGAGAGGUGAUGCCUGGUCAGUGGGAAUUUCAAGUUGGUCCAUCUGUUGGAAUCUCUUCUGGUGAUCAACUCUGGGUUGCUCGAUAUAUACUUGAGAGAAUCACUGAGAUUGCUGGCGUGGUUCUUUCCUUUGAUCCAAAGCCUAUCCAGGGGGAUUGGAAUGGUGCUGGUGCUCAUACCAACUAUAGCACAAAAUCAAUGAGGAGUGAAGGUGGCUUUGAAAUUAUAAAGAAAGCAAUUGAAAAGCUUAAACUUAGGCACAAGGAGCACAUUUCUGCCUAUGGUGAAGGCAAUGAACGCCGCCUCACAGGCCGGCAUGAAACCGCUGAUAUCAAUACUUUCUCAUGGGGUGUUGCGAAUCGCGGAGCUUCAGUUCGUGUUGGUCGCGAAACUGAAAAGGAUGGAAAAGGUUAUUUUGAGGAUAGGAGGCCAGCUUCGAAUAUGGAUCCCUAUAUAGUGACAUCGAUGAUUGCGGAGACUACCAUACUAUGGAAGCAAACCUAAGACAUCUUCAUUAUUUCAUCAUUGUGCUUCUUAUUUGUGUCCUUUGCAUAGGGAUCAAAUCAUCAGCUUGAUUUGUCCCUUAUUAUUAUCGUCUGUUUUAUUUAAAGCACAUUGGUAUUCUCGUGUCAUGCUUUAAAUUCCCUUUUAAAUAAAUGUAUGGUGACAGUAAUGCAGUUUCUUUCUUGCUCA